AUGUCCACCCAAAACUCCGCUCUUAAAAGCCCUACCAAACGCGGAAGAGAGGACGAGGAAUCCGGUCCUUCUCAAAAACCCUCAAGAAACAUUUCCUGGAACCAAGAUGUCAGCCAAGGACAAAGCAGCGUUGGUGCCGAAAGCCAAUCCCUCUUCUCGGCCGAACAACCGACAAAUCGUAUCAUUACAGGUGAAGGUACACCGGUUUCAAUUCAGGAGGCCACACUGUGGUUCGGAAGAAACAACACCAAAUACUGGGACACGUUUAAAGAGAAAGACGGUCCCUUGUCGUUGAUUUGUCCUUUUGGUCCUAUGGAUGGAGGUAGCUGCGGGCCUGGUCUCAAACACAAUGAAUCAUAUACGUGCGAGCAUGAAGAUCAUAUGCUCAUUCAUGUCGAAAGCGCGCAUGCGUGCAAAGUGUAUGCUAUACCGGGUCUGGAGCCGUAUAAGUGCAAUGACUGUGGACGGGAGUGUAUGAUUGAUGUUACGUUGAGAAGACAUUUGUUUUGUAAGGGCAGAUGA